UUACGUCAUGUAAAACGUGGUGAUGGUCAAAAAUUAAACAUCAGCCAAAAUAGAGACAUUUGUGCGAAUGACGCCUUUGUAAUUGCCUGUUGCUUGCAACCUAUGUCGGUCUCCCUUGCUUCCCAUUUUUAUUACACAAAAAAAAAAAAAAAAAAAAAAACUCUAUUGUCCCCAUGAGCAAAUGAACGAUCAUACAAAAGACUGGAACCUUCUCAACUUUUUCUUCUUCCCUUCACUUCCAUUCCAUACCAUAACUUUUCCGGAAGAAUUUGCUUACUACUUCCCGAAAAGUUUCAAGUUUUGGCCAUAGCAUAAUAUGGAAAAUGAGACUGCCACUGCGCCUCAGCUGGCAGCUCUUGCUGACACUGAUAUCAAUUGGGACAGGUUGGAUAAGGCCAGGUUUCAUAUAAUAGGAGCUAUUCUUUUCACAGUUCAGUCGGCGUUAAUACAUCCAACUGCAGUAGUGAAGACAAGAAUGCAAGUGGCUGGAUCUGGACUUUCUCAAAUGAACGGACUCUCUGUAUUUAGGCAUAUACUUAAAAGUGAUGGCACCCCAGGCAUCUAUAGAGGCUUUGGCACAUCUGCCGUGGGUUCAUUGCCAGGUAGAGUUCUGGCUUUGACUUCACUUGAACUAUCAAAGGAUAUGAUGCUAAAAUACACACAAGGUCUUAAUAUGCCUGAAGCAACUCGUGUCGGUGUAGCAAAUGGAUUUGCUGGCAUGGUCUCCAACUUAGUCUCAUGCGUAUACUUUGUGCCUCUGGAUGUGGUUUGCCAGAGACUUAUGGUUCAGGGAAUUCCAGGGAGUAAGCCUUGUACUGGUCCAUUCGAUGUUAUAAGGAAAGUACUAAAAGCUGAAGGAGUCCGUGGUAUGUAUAGAGGAUUUGGAUUAACAGCCGUGACUCAGUCUCCUGCGCAGGCACUUUGGUUGGGUGCCUAUGGUGCUGCUCAGCACAUGAUUUGGAGGAAUCUGGGUUAUGGUGACAACGUGGACAAGAAACCGUCUCACAUGGAGAUGGUGGCGGUCCAGGCUACAGCUGGAUUACAAGAAACCCUGGAUUUGUUCGCUGGUGCCUGUUCAUCAGUUAUUACAACUCCCAUAGAUACUAUUAAAACACGACUUCAGGUUAUCGAUGAUUAUGGGGUUGGGAGACCUUCUGUACUGAAGACCACGAAAGCACUUCUCAGAGAAGAUGGGUGGAAAGGCUUCUAUAGAGGCUUUGGACCUAGGUUCCUCAAUAUGUCUUUCUAUGGAACCACAAUGAUCGUCACCUAUGAGAUAAUCAAGAGACUAUCCGUUAAACAAGCAUGAUCAUUCGGACAAUAAAGCCCAAAGAGCAUCAAUAUUCGGAAAGUACGAAAACGGUUGAACCAGUAACUGGGAGGCUUCAUAUGAUACAACUAACUUCAAUUUUUUUUUUUAUUUCUUUGUUUUGUUCAGCGGGAUUUUUCUCUUGUUAUUCUUUUAUGACCUUUAUACCCACUUAAGGGCAUUUAAACUAGGGAAAAGGGUCAAAAAUACCCCUCUACUUUGGAAAAAGGGCUAAAAAUAUCCUCCGAACUUAUCUUGGGUCAAAAAUACCCCUCCCAUCCUUGAAGUUUUCAAAUAUACCCAUGUCUUGACGGAAAUUAUCCUCCAAAAUUACUCGAAAUUAUUUUUGAAAUCCGCUCCAUCAUUUACACCCGAUCUAACUAAAUAAUAACCCAUAAGAUCCCCUUAUUCCUCCAAUUCCCUUAAACUUCAAACCUACGUAUUGGGGGAAUAAGGAGAUUUUAUGAGUUAUUAUUUAGUUGGGUCAGGUGUAAAUGAUGGAGCGGGUUUCAAAAAUGAUUUCGGGUUAUUUUGGGGGAUAAUUUCCGUCAAGACAAGGGUAUAUUUGAAAACUUUAAGGAUGGGAGGGAUAUUUUUGACCCAAAAUAAGUUCGGAGGAUAUUUUUAGCCCUUUUUUCAAAGUAGAGGGGGUAUUUUUGACCCUUUUCCCUUUGAACUAUUAGUGAUUAAGCAUCGUCAGAUUUCAAUAGUUUCUAAUGUAGUAUGAUAUUUUCACCUUGUACUCCACAAGCAAAGGAAGUGAAACUGGAUUUCAGAGGCUUAAGCUUGUAAUGUUUGUAUCUUUUUAAAGUUCUUACCACUAGACUCAUUGCAUUUGAAGUUAUGGGUUCAUAAUCUGAUAUUUCU